AUGGUAAACCUAUCUGAAGAUUGUGGCAGUAGCAGAAGUGCAGACUACAGAAAGGUGUUUGUAAGAGGUAAGUGUGUAUCGUUCUCUCCUUCUAUGAUUAAUAAAUUCUUGGGAAGAACAGAUGAAGUUCAAACUGAGCUGGAAGUAACAUACAACCAAGUCUGUCAAGUGAUCACAACCAAGCAGGUAAAAAGCUGGCCCAUGAAAGAGAAGCUAACUGCAAGUAAGCUGAGCAUCAAGUAUGCAAUGCUUCACAAAAUAGGAGCAGCUAAUUGGGUUCCAACAAAUCACAAGUCCACUAUCUCAGCUGUGCUUGGUAGAUUUAUGUAUGUUGUAGGAACAAAGGCAAAGUUUGAUUAUGGAGCAUAUAUUUUCGACCAUACCAUGAAGCAUGCUAGAAGCUUCAUGUGCAAAACAGAAAGUCCUUUGGCUUUCCAUUACAAACUGUUUCAGGGAAAGCAUGUUCCAAACAUUGUCAUGACAUCAGCUGAAACUUCCAAAUCUGGAGCAUCAGUCGGUAAAGCAGAAGUUAUAACAAUAUUAAAAGAGACUUGCAAAGAACUGGAAGCUAGAAAAAUGUCUCUUGAACAAAUGAUACGUACUCUGGAAAUGGAUGAGAAUGAGGAGUUUGCAGAUAUAGAAGAGAUGGAAGAUAAAUAUGAUCAAGAAUUGGAAGAAGAAAGUGCUAGUCCUGCUGAUGACUCUGAGACAGAAAGUUAUUCAGACACCUCAGCUGGAUCUGACUCUGAGCAGUAA